UUUAUAAAUAAUAAUAAUACCUUACAUUUAUAUAGCCCUUUUCCAAGCACUCAAAGCACUUUUUUUCAUGUUGUGUUCAUAUUUCAUUUGAACUUCACCAGAGUUCAUUUGAAACGCAAACUGAGAUCCAUCUUUUUAGUGGUCUCUGUUCACUUGGUUGGUACGCACCAGGGUUCGGAUGGCAGCAUUCAUACUUACUUAAAUGUACCGUACUAAAAGGAGCAAUUUCACCAGAGUUUGUUUUAUUAAUCAAACCAAAUAUGACAAGUGUGAACACACCCUCAAAUAUUCCUCCUGAUUGGAAACAGGAUGUGUCUGUAAAUUAGUUCCUAGGCAGGGGUUAAGGGAAAUGAAGUCUGGUGUAGUUCAUGGGAUUAAAUUGCAUUGCUCUCAGAACCUUGGUGCAUACAGAUAACACUAACUGUAGAACAUAAAUCACAGAUUAAACAUAAAAAUACAAUUAUACAAAUAUGCAAAUAAGGACAUAAAACUUAAAAACAUAGUUUUUAACAAAACUAAACUCCACAAGAGCUUUACACACUUGCAGACAUGUCUGUUUUACACACGUCACUUAAACACAGAACCAGGAAACAGGAAGUGUAGUGGAGCUCGUGUCUUUAUUCAUGUAGUAAAAUGGCUGAACCUAGAUAUUUUCAGGAUGAGUUUUCGUGUCCAGUGUGUCUGGACCUCUUGAAGGAUCCAGUGACCAUCCAGUGUGGACACAGUUACUGUAAGAUCUGUAUUACAGACUGCUGGGAUCGGGAGGAUCAGAUGGGAGUCUACAGCUGUCCUCAGUGCAGACAGACCUUCAGUCCAAGACCUGCUUUAUCUAGAAACACCAUGCUGGCUGAAGUGGUGGAGAAACUGAAGAAGAGGAAACGUCCUGAUGACUGUGAUGCUGGAGAUGGAGAUGUGCAGUGUGACGUCUGUACUGGAAAAAAAUACAAAGCUGCCAAGUCCUGUCUGAUGUGUCUGAACUCUUACUGUCAGAAUCACCUCGAAGAACAUGAGAGUUGGUUUAGAGGAAAGAGACACAAAUUGACAGAAGCCACUGGACGACUGCAGGAGAUGAUCUGCCAGAAACAUGAGAAGCUCCUUGAAGUUUUCUGUCGCACUGACCAGAAAUAUAUAUGUAUGCUGUGUACGAUUAUUGAACAUAAAGACCAUGAAGUUGUAUCAGCUGCAGAAAUGACGACAGAGAAACAGAAGCAGCUGAAGGAGACACAGAAGACGCUCCAGCAGAGAGAGCUGGAGCAGCUUUCACACACACAGAAUCACAUCCAGUUCCUGCAGAGUUUCCAGUCUCUCUCAGCAUCUCCUGAAUAUACAGAUGAAAAUAAGGAUCCCUUCCCUCCUCUCGUCUCCUUUGAUGGUCUGAGAGAAUCUGUCCAUCAGUUGAAAGACAAAUUGGAAGAUUUCUGUAAAGUGGAGCUGAAGAAGAUCUUAGACAGAGUCACAAUCAACAACAUUGAUCCAAGAACCAGGAACGACUUCCUACAAUAUUCCCAUCAGCUCACUCUGGAUCUGAACACAAUGAAUAAACACCUCCGUCUGUCUGAGGGUAACAGAGUGAUUACUGGUACUAAAACAGUCCAGUCAUAUCCUGACCAUCCAGACAGAUUUGAUCAUUAUCGUCAGGUGUUGUGUAGAGAGAGUGUGUGUGGACCCUGUUACUGGGAGCUGGAGUGGAGUGGAGAUAAUGGUGUGCGUAUAUCAGUGUCAUAUAAGAGCAUCAGCAGGAAGGGAGGGGGUGAUGAGUGUUUGUUUGGAUUUAAUGAUCAGUCCUGGAGUUUGAUCUGCUCUUCCUCUGGUUACUCAUUCAGACAUAAUAAAAUACAGACUGUUAUCCCUGUAGAGUCCGUCAGCAGUAGAAUAAGAGUGUUUGUGGAUCCCAUUGCAGGGACUCUGUCCUUCUAUAGUGUCUCUGACACAAUGAGCCUCAUCCACACAGUCCAGACCACAUUCACUCAGCCGCUCUAUCCUGGGUUUGGGUUUUAUAAAAGAGCAUCAGUGAAACUGAUGUCUUGCUAAGUGACCAUGUGUUUCUGUGCUUUUCACAACCUCUGUUUGUGUUGAUUUAGUUGAAAUGUAGUGUCACAUCAAUCAUUUAUAUUAUUUAGGUAUGCAUCGAUUCCAAUAAUGGUAUCAAGCCCAAUACUGAGCUCCUGUACUCGUACUUGUACUCGAUAAAAUGCCCUGAUACCAAACGCUGAUACCACACAACAUGUGAUAAGUGUUUUGCUUGCUUGAGUGUUUCUGCAUUAUAUCGAGUGGCUUUUGAAUAUAAAUCACAGCACGUUUCAGAUUUAAAAAAAAGAAAGAAAAGAAAAAAAACAUGCUUCUUCUAUUUGUGAAAAUAUCACAGGAGAUUUAUAACGAGUGGUUCCCUUCAUUAUUACAGCAAAGCGCGUACCCCUAUUUUUGCCAAAGGUGGCCCACAUUUGGUUGGCACUAUUUGUGCCAUUAUCCCUGUUUACCUCAUGGGACACUUCAGGGUCACAUUCAGAUUACACAUUGCCAUCAACACCACAUCUUUACCUACCGAGGCCCACAUGUGAUUUGAUACAUUUGGACUAUUUUUGCGUGUUACAUAUGGGCCUCUUCAGGCUUACAUCCAUUUUGUUCGGGCAGUAAGAAGGGCAGCAGUGCCAUAUCAUUGCCUUAUUCAUUGCCCAUUCACAUGUUAUCUGGGCAGGCCGAAUUAACAAAGAGAUCAAUUCACCUCUCACCUAAGGAAAGCCUUCUUCCAGCUAAUGGGAGUCACUGUGAGCUUGUCCUCUCGUUACCAUCAUCAGACAAAUGGCCAGAUUGAGUGGAAUAUCCAGGAGCUCAGAUGUUACCUCCGGCAUACUGCCACGACGAUCAGCACAGCUGGAACCACUUCCUCCCCUGGGCUGAGUAUGCCCAAAACUCCCUCCAACAGAGUACCACCGGUCUGAUUCUAAUUCAGUGCAUUCUCCGCUAACAGCCCCACUCUUCCAGUGGACGGAAGAGCCCUUGAAGGUUCAAGCUGUGGACUACUGAUUCAGAACGAGCGAAAGAGUGUGGGACUAAGCUCACAUUCACCUCCAACAAGCAGUGUGGAAGCAUAAGACCUUUCGCACAUGCCCAGCACACCUCUACUCCCACAUACCAGCCUGGUGAGAAGGUAUAGCAGUCCACCCGGAUCUGCGCCUCUGCCUGCCUUGUAAGAAGCUGAGUCCCUGCUACAUUGGUCUGUUCCACAUACAGAUGCAGAUUAAUGAGGUCACCUACCAACUCCAACUCCCACCAAGGUACUGCAUUCACCCUACCUUCCAUGUUUCUCUCCUUAAACCCUUCUCUCUCUCUGCACAAGGACCACCCGAGCUGCAACAACCUCCUCUUCCAGCAAUCCUUGACUUCAAGGCUCUCACAGCCUGGAGAAAAAGCUGUUGAUCAGUCUGGUGGAGCAGGCUUCUGAUGCUCCGGUACCAACUUGCUGAUGGUAGGAGCUGGAAGAGACUGUGGGAGGGAUGGGUGGGGUCCUUCACAAUACUGUUAGCUUUGCUGGAGCACUGUGUGAGGAAAAAUCUGCUGCACUACAGUUCCCGUACCAGACACUGAUGCAGCUGGUCAGCAUGCUCUCAAUGGUUCUGUAGAAAGUGGUUAGGAUGGGUGGAGGGAGACUUGCUCUUUUCAGCCGGCAGAGAAAGUGUAAGUGCUGUUGUGUCUCCUUGGAGAGUGACAUGGUGUUGAUGGUCCAGGUGAGAUCCUCAGUGAUGGGCACCCCGAGGAAUUUAGUGCCCCUGACUCUCUCCAGUCGAGCGGUCGAUGGUCAGCGGGGAGUGGUCAACAGAGUUUCUCCUGAAGUCCAUCACGACCUUCUUUAUAUUCUCCAUUCAGCCAGAUGUGCCACUUCCUCUCUGUAGUGCGUUUCAGAGAAGAACGCUGCACUCAUUGAUUCCCUCCUCUCUGCCUGCUGUUGUCUUUCCAGUGCUAAAGACAUUCUUUAUGUCUAUGAUUAAAGUAUUUAAACUAUUUUGAAUCAUUUUGCUCCAUUAAAGUCCCAUCCUUGCAUACUUCUUGUUUCAGCACUGAGCUUAGGGCAAUGAAAAUCCAGGGCCACCAGCUUGUAAGAAACUGUCCUCAUUGUUCACUCCUUGGCAUAUACUGAACACUUUAAGCAGAACAGGAAUCCUCUUAAUGCAGCUUGAUCAUCUUAAUUCUCUACUUUAAUUAAUAAGUCCAAAAACAGACCUAGAACAUGAUAUACUAUGAUUUAAAAAGUAACUCAGCCUCCUGUACAGUCUCUAGAGGAUUUUGAUCAAAUGUGUGAUGCUUUAUUGUUCUUUCAAAGUAAAAAAUGCCAUACCUGUCAACAUCCUACUUCUAUUUACACUACUGAUCCUCUGUCUUCAUGCUGUGCUCACUACGAUGUAGUAUACAUGCCAGAUCAGUAUGUGGCACUGUAAUUUUGCCACAGAGAUACAUUAAAAAUAAACAAGACUUGGAGCAUGUGCAUAAACCUUGCGUGCUGUAUACAAACCAUUGUUGUUGUUGCUCUUACGUGGCGUAGCGGUGUCUGACUAAUGUCGACACGUGGGGUGAUGACAUCAUCGUUUCAGAAAAUAUACAGAUGUCCCCCCAACCAAACGAAAUACAAAAUACGGCGUUUUCAGAUUUAUGCACUCUGGGACCCGGUUUUCCAAAAACGCUGGAUCUGUGUGGACGAAACCCCUAUCCGAUAAAACAAAUUGUGCGUAUUCA